AUGUCGAAUCAGGACAUCAUCAAACUCACGCUGAAUCCCGUCGACAAGUUCUUCACCCACGAUGAACCGGAUCCAGCGACAAAUACGAAGGAGGAAGGCGGCGCCGUUGGCAGGAGACAAGAGUCGGGGCGCGCGACGAGGAUCGACUUGCGCUCCGGCUCUCGGACCGCUGGCGGAAGCUUUCAAGAGCGCGCAUUAAUGAGCAGGCUCCGCUGCCUGGCUCGCUAUUACCAACUGCUCAUUGCGUGCAACCCGCACCACUCGCAAGCCACUCUCUCCACUGCUCCGACCCUCAGCCUCGACGUCAACGAGUGGCCGCUCUUUGCCGAGCUUGCCCCGCUUGCCCCAGAUUACGAUCUGCGUCGUGCUGCCCUGCUCGUCGUUUCGCCCCGACACUCGCCCUCGACAUCAUAUCUGCUGCCUCCUUCCACCUGGCUUUGA